AUGCUUCCACUGAGGUUCGGCGUCCCGCAGCGGCAGAAAAAUCAGAUAAAGGAGAACAUCAUCGGCAACGCGCAGCAAGAGAAUGAUGCGAAACUUGCGCAAGAGAUGGCGAAUGGAAUUUUACCGGCUGAAUCCGUGGAGUCACAUGUGCUUCUGGUAGAAGAUGGCGAUGGCAAGGACGAUGGCAGCAGUGCGAAGCGGCCCUGCGGAGCAGGCUGUGCCUGGCAAAGCACAUUUUGCCAAAGCCCAGAGGGCGAGCUACAAAAACCUCACGCCGGCCAGGUGAAAACUGAUGGUGCAGCUUCGGGCAUGGUGGGCAUUUGA